AUGAGGGCCACACCUCGCCUGUCAAAAGGCUUCAUCGGCCGCAGUGUCGACGAGCUCAAGAGGUUUACGAGCAUCGCACUCAAUCUUGAGGCUGUCAAAGGUCCAGCCGGUCCUCUCCAGUUGCAUUCCUUCCGCGCACAGGAGUCCAUGCAAGCCUGCAAGCUCAUGUCCGAUGCGGACAUUGGAGGCUUCUCGAAAGCACAGCUCGAGUGGAUACCCCGGUCAUCCUCGGAUACUUUGGCGCGCGGGGACAAUCUCAACGGCUACGCCAGAUUUCACGGUUCCAUCUCAACACAAUUACCAAAGGAUAUUCCUAACGUGGAGAGAUCAGGAUAUGCAGCCUGGCGGACACUGGACAGGCCGCGAACACUAUUUGGAAAGAGCCUAUGGGACAUCGAUCCAUACGCAUAUCUCGCGCUGAGGAUCAAAUCUGAUGGGCGAAGCUACAUGGUCAACGUGCAGACCGAGUCCAUCGUGCCAACAGAUAUACACCAGCAUCGUCUGUUCAGCAGGCGGCCCGGGCAGUGGGAGACCGUGCUGAUCAAGUGGAAUGACUUUGUGAGGACGAAUCACGGCUACGUUGUUGAGCCACAGACCGAGAUGCUGCGGCAGAAGGUCCGGACCAUCGGGAUCGGGCUCACAGACAGGAUACCAGGACCCUUUGAUCUGUCCAUCGAGCGGAUAUGGGCUACCAAUGACCCAAACGAGGCCGCUAAUUCCGAGAGCAGUCCCCCGAACAAGGGUGGUUUGAAAAAUAAGCAAGGCAAAAAUGUCACUUGGGUUACAGAUUGA